CAAGGUGGAGAUCAGAUAAUCUCUAUAGUGAUCGGCACUUCUAACAAAAAGACAGCCCCUCUUGCAUUUAUAUUUGUAUGGUGCUUCGGUUGCAGAGCUCAAGAUGCGUUGUGUGCAAGUCUGGAAAGAGGAUGUCAAAGGCAAAGACGGCGAGAGUCUACCAAUCUAUGACAUAGCUUUUCACCCUGAUGGAAGACGAAUGGUCGUGGCUGCUGGGAAGGUGGUCUUGGUGUACAACACAGAGGAUGGUAAGAUGGUGGAUAACCUGAAGGCUCACAAAGACACAGUCUACACUGUCUCCUACUCCAGAGAUGGUCAGACGUUUGCCUCAGGCAGUGCUGACAAGCAGGUGGUCCUGUGGAGCAACGAUGAGCUCAAGGGCAUUCUCAAGUACGGUCACAGUGACCUCAUUCAGUCGCUGCAGUACAACCCAGUGUCCCAGCUACUGCUCAGCUGUACUACCAGCGAAGUUGGACUGUGGUCUCCUGAGCAGAAGUCGGUGAUGAAGACCAAAGUUACCUCUAAAUGUCUUUGCUGCAGCUGGACCAAUGACGGGCAGUUCUUUGCAGUGGGACACUAUAACGGCACUGUUACUAUCUGGACAAAGACUGCCGAGAAGAAGAACACUAUAACAAGAGAGGGAGAUGCUCCUAUAUGGACCCUCUCCUGGAACCCUUCGCGGGAUGACCAUCGUGACAAGUUGACUGUGUGUGAUUGGAACAAGAAACUGAGCUUCUAUCAACUCAACGGCAAACAGGUCGGCAAAGAUCGUAAACUUGAUUAUGAUCCGACCUGUGUGUCGUACUUCCCUGGGGGAGACUUCUCAGUCAUUGCAGGCUCAAACAGCAAGGCUAGUAUAUACUCAAAGGACGGGGUGAUGCUAUCAUCAGUCGUGCAGGGAGAGUCUUGGAUCUGGUGUUGCAGGGCCAAGCCGGGCAAGGAGCCUUAUCAACUGGUUGUUGGUCGUGAUGAUGGAACACUGUCUCUACACCAGCUCACUUUAAACACUGUUCACGGACUCUACAAAGAAAGAUAUGCGUACCGUGAGCGCCUGACUGAUGUGGUAGUGCAGCACCUGCUGACCAACGACAAAGUGACCAUCAAGUGUCGGGACAUGGUCAAGAAGAUUGCCGUCUAUAGGAACAGACUUGCUGUCCAGUUGCCCGAGAAGAUAGUGGUGUACGAGUUGAGCAGUGGAGACGACAAUGACCUCAAGUACACACUCAAGGACAAGUUUGUGGGUUCUGUUGAUUGCAGUCUGCUGGUGGUGUGUAGUCAGCAUCUGGUUCUGUGUCAGGAGAGGAAGCUCCUGUGCUACACCUUCAAGGGGGACAAGGAGAGAGAGUGGGUGAUGGAGGCCCAGAUCCGCUACAUUAGAGCACUGGGUGGACCGUCCGGGAGAGAGGGGAUUCUGGUCGGACUCAAGAACGGACAAGUGUUCAAGAUCUUUAUCGAUAAUUCCUUCCCUAUCAGUCUCAUCAAGCUCCAGCUGUCCAUUCGCUGUGUCGACCUCAGUGCCAGUCGUACAAAGCUGGCUGUGGUGGACGAGAACAGCACUCUGCUGGUGUACAAUCUCAACAACAAGGAGCUGCUCUAUCAAGAACCAAACGCUAACAGCGUCUCCUGGAACACUCAGUACGAGGACAUGCUGUGUUUCAGUGGUAACGGGAUGUUGAGUAUCAAGGCCAGCAACUUCCCGGCUCACCAGCGAAAGCAGCAGGGGUUCGUGGUUGGCUUCAGUGGCUCAAAGAUUUUCUGUCUGCAUUUCUUCACAAUGUCAGCCAUUGAUGUACCACAGUCGGCCCCGAUGGUGCAGUACCUAGAGAGGAAGUUGUAUAAUGAGGCUCACUCUAUUGCCUGCCUCAUGGUCACCCAGGAGGACUGGAGGGUACUAGGUCAGGAGGCUCUAGAGGGAAUGGAUUUCAGAGUUGCUAAAAAGGCCUUCGCUCGAGUGAAAGACCUGAGGUUCCUGGAGCUCAUUCACGACAUCGAGGAGCGGAAAAGUCGAGGCGAGAAUGACACACAGGAUUUUCUUGCUGACAUUUUCGCUUACCAGGGCAAAUUCAAUGAGGCAGGUCAGCUAUAUAAAAAGUGUGGAAAACCAGAAAAAGCUGUUGAGCUGUUCAUGGAUCUGCGUCAGUUUGAGCAGGCUAAAGAGUUUGCAGUGAAGAGUGAGACGCUUGAUGUAAAGCACCUCAUAGCUAAGGAGGCUGACUGGGCCAAGACCACCAACGAUGCACAGUCUGCCUGUGAUAUGUACUUGGCUGCUGGAGAGUAUCUCAAAGCUGUGGAGUUAAUGGGAGACAACGGAUGGGUGGAAAAAAUUCUGAACCUGGUGCACGAGGUUGGCAAAGGGGAGACAGAGAUCCUGUCAUCAUGUGCACAUCACCUGCGCCGACUCACACAGUUCAGUGCAGCUGCUGAGGUAUACGAGAAGAUGGGCGACACAAAUUCACUCAUCACCCUCUACGUGGAGACACACCAGUGGGACAAUGCUUUUGAAGUGGUCAAGGUGAAUCCUGAAUUCAAGGGCACUGUGUACAUGCCCUACGCUGCCUGGUUGAUGGAGAACGACAGAUUCGAUGAGGCUCAGGAAGCUCUGAAGGAGGCUGGUCAACAAACACAGGCUGUGUUUCUUCUGGAGCAGCUGGCCGAGAAUGCCGUGCACGAGAACAGAUUUAGUGAUGGCAGCUAUUACUACUGGCUUCUAGCAAAGACUAAUCUGGAGGCAGCAAGGAGAGAGUCAGAAGAUCCCGAGGGCAGCUCCCUGAUCAUUGCAGAUUGCACUGAAAGCUUCUAUCGUUUUAUGGAGCUAGCUGACACCUACUAUGCCUACACCAGCAUCCACGCAUUCGUUGACCAGCCAUUUACUGCACUGUUACCAGAAGCUCUUCACAACAUAUCCAGGUUCCUCACUCACAAGAUUACAAAGCAGUGUCCUCCUGGAGUGUCAAAAGUCUCUGUUCUAUUCACCUUGGCCAAGCAGAGCAAACAACUAGGGGCCUACAAGCUUGCAAGACAUGCUUUUGAUAAACUACAGUCACUGCGGAUUCCUCCAAACCUUCAAGAAACAGUGGACCUUGCUAGCAUUACAAUCAGAGCAAAACCAUUUCAAGACAAGGAGGACCUACUCCCAAUAUGCUACAGAUGCUCUAAUACCAAUCCCCUACUCAACAAUGCCGGCAACUUCUGUGUCAACUGCAGACAAUCGUUUGAGUUCUCAUUUGUCUCUUUUGAGGUGCUUCCAGUUGUGGAGUUUGUUCUGGAGGAAGGAAUCAGUGAUGAAGAAGCUCUGAAGCUGAUCAAGAAAGAACCGUCUGGAUCUAGAAAGAAAGGAGGACAGCAAUGGACAGAGAUACAUGAAGGAAACACACAAAGUCUCAAACUGGACAACAACGUAAUGUCGGAAGAGGACAAUGAAGAAGAUCCUUUCAACAGCACCACUUUUGAGGGUGAUGACUUUGAACCAGUGAAGGUGGGCAGACGUACACUGGAGUCCAUGCACAGACUGGAGGUGCUGGUCAAGCAGUGGGGACCACCCAUUGGCAACCAGUACUACAAGUCUAUACUACCUGACGUCUCACUCACUCUUUGUAGCAACUGCAAUAAGAUGUUCCAUGCUGAUGACUAUGAGCUACAGGCUCUCUCUAAAGGACACUGCCCGUUCUGUAGAAAAUCUUCAGACUCUGUGACUCUCAAAUAAUUUCCUUUUCUUGUUAGUGUACGUAGUAAUGGCAAUGUAUAUAAUCACUUAAAAUGUUACUUAAUGUGUACGUAUUUGCAAUGUGUAUACAUAAUUAAAAACGAAGUAUUACAAGGUGUGCAGCUAUAAAUAA